AGUACAUACAAGAGAGAGGUGUUCUGAGAUUUGAGUUGAAAACUAAAAGACUAAUUUAGAAUUCAACGUUAACGUGCAUAUAAGUAACACAAAUAAUCCUGAAUACCAAGGCACAACACAUCUUUCACACAUUUCUCUAACCAGCCUGAACUAGUUGUUCCGUUUAUUCUCACACUACACUAGUUACUGUUGUGCCCAAAGUGUGUGGGUAUCCUCCAAAGUCCCACAUUGAGUAGUUUGUGUUGUGCCAAAGUGUGUGGGUACCUUCCAAAGUCCCACAUUGGGUAGUUUGAAGAAGGGUAGUGGUAGAGUACUACUAUAAAUAAAGGGUGAGGGUUUGUGUUUACUCACCACAACAACAUAGGUUCCUUUGAGUGUAUUGGGAACUUGGGUAGUUGUGUGCAAGUGUAAGGUUUCCAAGUUUUUCCAGAAAACUUGUGUGAGAGGUUUUGCAAUUUUGUCCUUGUAAAAAUUGCUAGUAAAAAUUUGUUUGUGGAUGUAGGCAAGAAGUGCUGAACCACGUUAAUUCUUGAGUUUGUUUCUUUAAUUUGUUUCUCUUGUUGUGUGUGCUUCCGCUGUUGCAGUUUUUAUUUUCCCUCUGGUACCCAACAGUUACCAUGGCUGCCAAAAAUCAAAUCUAUCACAUUUCAUUGGCAUUGCUUUUCUGCAUUGGAUUCUGGGCUUUUCAAGUCACAUGUCGCACUCUCCAAGAUGCCUCCAUGUAUGAGAGGCAUGAGCAAUGGAUGACUCGCUAUGGCAAAGUGUAUACCGACCCUCAGGAAAGGGAAAAGCGUUUCAAGAUAUUUAAGGAGAAUGUGAAUUACAUUGAAGCCUUCAACAAUGCUGCCAAUAAACCUUACAAGCUUGGCAUUAAUCAAUUUGCAGACCUCACUAACGAGGAGUUCAUAGCACCAAGAAAUAGAUUCAAGGGCCACAUGUGUUCCUCAAUCAUAAGGACAACCACUUUUAAGUAUGAAAAUGUGACUGCAGUACCUUCCUCUAUAGAUUGGAGACAAAAAGGAGCAGUUACACCCAUCAAAGACCAAGGCCAAUGUGGAUGUUGCUGGGCAUUUUCUGCUGUUGCAGCAACUGAAGGAAUUCAUAAGUUGAGUACUGGAAAAUUGAUCUCUUUGUCAGAACAAGAACUUGUUGAUUGUGACACAAAGGGUGUGGACCAAGGCUGUGAAGGUGGUCUUAUGGAUGAUGCAUUCAAAUUCAUCAUCCAAAACCAUGGACUCAACACAGAAGCCAAGUACCCCUAUGAGGGUGUUGAUGGAAAGUGCAAUGCAAAUGAAGAAGGCAACCAUGCUGCUACGAUUACUGGGUAUGAGGAUGUUCCUGCCAACAAUGAGAAGGCACUGCAAAAAGCUGUGGCAAAUCAACCAGUUUCUGUAGCCAUUGAUGCCAGUGGCUCUGACUUUCAGUUUUACAAAAGUGGUAUCUUCACAGGUUCAUGUGGAACUGAGUUGGAUCAUGGUGUCACUGCUGUGGGAUAUGGUGUUAGCAAUGAUGGGACUGAGUAUUGGUUGGUUAAGAACUCAUGGGGAACUGAGUGGGGUGAAGAAGGCUAUAUUAGGAUGCAAAGGGGCGUGAGUGCUGCUGAAGGACUCUGUGGCAUAGCUAUGGAAGCAUCUUAUCCUACUGCUUGA